GAGGGUUCGGUGACAGUGCGUGGUGCCCAGGGCUCCCAGCUCUGGGGUCCCCACCCAAGGCCCAGCAUGGGUCUCACCCUGCCAUGGCAGCACCAGGGCGCCGGCUUCCUGCAGGACUCAGGGUGUCCAUUCUGGGGCAGGGUUGUCGCUGUGAGCAGACCCCCUGAUUUCUGGCGGUGGGGGGACAUUCCUUGCUGCCCUGUGCUCCCAGCCCUGCCCUUUGUAUCCUAGUGGCAUAAAGGGGUUGUGACAGGUGCAGCAGCCUCGGGUGAUGUUCCUCCUAAUUUGGAGCUAAUCAGAUUGUGACUGCACUCUGGGGACAGACAGAUCCAAUAAAGGAGGCAGGGGCCCGGGAGGGAGGACGGCGUGGCUCCCUGCAGGAGAGUGGGGCGAGCUGUUAGGUACGUGGCUUCCGGGGGGAGUGGGGCUCUCCCGGCCUGCGAGGAGCUCACAGGGGCUUGCAGAGACUGAGCCGGAAGAGGGGAGAAGCCGUGCUGGUGCGAGGACAGCGCUGGACGCGGCUGCCUCAGCAUGGACGGCGUGGCACCUGCCCCUGGCGCGCUGCCCUACUACGUGGCCCUCUCCCAGCUGCUGGGCCUAACCGUGGUGGCCAUGACAGGCGCUUGGCUGGGCGUGUACCGAGGUGGCAUCGCCUGGGAGAGUGCCCUGCAGUUUAACGUGCACCCCUUGUGCAUGGUCAUAGGCCUGGUCUUCCUGCAGGGAGACGCCCUGCUGGUUCACCGCGUCUUCAGGAAGGAGACCAAACGCACAACCAAGGUGGUGCACGGGCUGCUGCACGUCUUCGCCUUCGUCAUAGCGCUCGUGGGCUUGGUGGCCGUGUUUGACUACCACAAGAAGAAGGGCUACGCGGACCUGUACAGCCUGCACAGCUGGUGUGGCCUGCUGGUCUUUGUCCUUUACCUGCUGCAGUGGCUCGUAGGCUUCAGCUUCUUCCUGUUCCCUGGAGCUUCGUUUUCCCUGCGGAGCCGAUACCGCCCUCAGCACGUCUUCUUCGGCGCCGCCAUCUUCCUCCUGUCCGUGGGCACAGCCCUGCUGGGCCUGAAGGAGGCGCUGCUGUUUAAACUCGGGGCCCAGUACAGUGCGUUCCAGCCGGAGGGCGUGCUGGCCAACGCGCUGGGGCUGCUGCUGGCCUGCUUCGGCGCGCUGGUGCUCUACAUCCUGACGCGCGCCGACUGGAAGCGGCCUGCGCAGGCCGAGGAGCAAGCCCUGUCCAUGGACUUCAAGACGCUGACGGAGGGAGACAGCCCCAGCUCCCAGUGAUGCCCGCCGGUGCGGGGUGCGGGGUGCGGGGUGCGGGGGAGGGGGGGGGAGGGGUCGGGGGCGGCUGUGCCUGCUUUCAUGCUGAUUUCUCGGGUUCGGCUUCCUCUGCUUUGCCUUCCCUGCUGCUGCUGUAGACAGGGCGGGUAGUCAUGUGCGGCCCUGGGCCAGGUCCGCUCUGCGCAGACGCUCUGGGGAGGCCGUGGUCGCAGAAGCACAGAGCCCCGGGCAGGGGACAGCGACUCCACCCCAGGGCCCCGGGGCCAGGCCUGGAGGGGCCCUGCUGCCGUUGAAUUCGGAGCAGCGGGCCCUCUGGCCCGAGGAGCACUGGGACGAUGGGCCCAGUGCUUGGCAGUGCAGCCAGUGAUAUUAUGUGUAAAAUAUGCUCUGUUUAGAGAAGGGUCCCCAGGCGAGGGGAGGCGCCGGCCGGGAGGCAGGCUCAGGCCCUCCUCCUCUUUAACCCGCAAGCCCCGGGAUGGUUUCGCAGGGAGAGGAGCGGAAGUGUUGGCUCUAGAGCAGCUUCCAGCCUGCAGAGGAGGGCGGCUGCCCGGGGCCGUGUGCCGCAGCUCCCCCUGCCGGCCGCGCUCCCGCACAGCUCCGCCCAGGAGUCCCGCACAGGCUGGCGCGGGCCCCGCAGGCCGGGCAGGCUCGGGCCGCAAACCUCGUUCUUCUAGCCGCGGGCAGGGCCGCCGCCGCCGCCGCCGCCUCUUGCCGCUGCUGGAGCUCCUCUCGCUUCUGCUCUGCCCAUCAGGCCCCCUGCGCCCCUCGGGGCCCACCUCCGUGUGACCUUGGAGGCGGCUCUCUGCGCCCUGUCGCCGUGUGUGCCCAGGCCGGGUGGCGGCGUCGCGCUGAGGCGCCACGCUGGCCUUGCCGGGCCUGGCCCGUGCUCUCCUGUCCCCGCGCUCCCGGCGCGCGCCGUGUGAGGCAGGCGCGGUUUCCUGAAGAACUUAAUACAGCUUCCAGACCGAC